AUGGAACGUCUCAAGUCCAAGCGUGGAACUCGACGAGCUCAAACUACAAGAAUUCUCAACGAAGCUUCAACUGUCCUAAAAGAUGGAACUGCCUCAGCUGAAGCGCUGAAUGCAUUACUCCAACGUCUCACUACAAGCAAUGCGGAGCUCGUCGUACUGAAUACCGCCAUCGAGCCGCUUGUGACCGAUGAGGACUACGAAAGUGAGUGCACCGGUGUUUUAGAGUAUGAGGACAGAGUAACAGAAACAGUCGCCAACUUGAACUGGAAACUGGCACAGCUACAGGCGGCGGCUGCGUCGUCAAUGGGAUCCUCGAACGAACCGAGUUCACCGCAAGCGUCGUCGCAACAACGUCAUAUUGGGAUCAAACUUCCCAAAUUGAGGCUUCCAACGUUCAGCGGCAAGUUAAGCGAAUGUCACAGUUUCUGGGAACAAUUUAACGCAACCGUACAUGAGAACAAGAACCUAGUGAAGAUAGAAAAAUUCCAGUACCUUCGUUCCCUACUGGCUGGAUCUGCUGCCACAGCGAUAGCUGGACUUCCUAUCACAGAGGCCUCGUACGAGGAUGCUACAGAAAUUCUCAAGGAGCGUUUCGGUGAUCGAGGAAGAAUAGAAAGGCAGCUACUGGCAAAACUUCGUAGCCUUCCGGCAGUCAAGUCCUCCUCAGACGUCUUAGGGUUGCGACGAUUCUACGACCACGUGCAGAGUCACAUACGUGGAUUGCGUUCACUCGGAGUUCAAGACAGUUCUUACGCAGCAAUGCUAACAGAAAUACUAUUAUCUUCCCUGCCAUCGGAAAUCGUAAUAGACUUUUACCGCUCGGUUCGUCGCCCGACCACCAACAGCACUGCAAGCCCAACAGAAGCAGGAGACACCGCAGCGGCGUCCACGUCAACGACAGCUUCCGACGAACUACAGGCAGUGCUGAAGUUCCUUCACGUGGAGGUUGAGAGUCGAGAGAAAAGCGAAGUCGCAGAACGUAACCUCAAGAAACAGAUUCAGUCUGUCAGCAAACCAGCUACCUUAGGCCGAGCGAAUCCAUCUGCUGCAGUUCUACACAACGCAUCUACAAACCCAGCACCUUGCUUCUUCUGCAGCAACACUGAGCACAGUACUGAAGAGUGUGUUCGAUCAGUGCCAUUGAGCGACAAGAAGGCGAAGCUCGCUAAGGAUAAAAGAUGUUUUCACUGUACCAAGAAGGGCCACAGCGCCAGAGAUUGCCGAGGGAGGAUGAGAUGCAGGAAUUGCGGCGGUCGUCACGUAACAUCCAUGUGCGAUCCUUCGUGGAAGCCCGAUAAGAAAGAACGGGCCAUAACUGAUGCUAAGGAUGUCACAAAUGUCCUAGUACCCGGAGGAGCUUGCAGGAACGGCACAGUGGUCCUACAGACUUUCAGAUGCUGGGCCGUCGGAAGAGGAAAGUGCAUCUACGUUAGAGGAGUCGUGGACGGAGGCAGUCAACAAACCUUCAUAAGCAAGCAAUUGGGUGAUCACCUAAAACUCAAGGUGAUCAACACUGUUACGCUCACGCUCAAUACUUUCGGCGACACUACUGCAAGUUCAGAACGAAAACAAUGUAACGUCGUGGAACUCAGUCUACGCAGUCAGUUCUCGCCUUCAGAGUAUCUGCUAAAGGCAGUCAUCGUACCCGUUAUCUGCAGGGACAUCAUCGCCACACCUUUGAAUAUUGAUCUGGUAACCAGAAUUCAGGAAAGCGGCGGCGUCAUAGCCGACGACCUCAUGUUUCAGAACACAACGAAUUUAAGUGGGAUUAAUUUACUUCUGGGUGCGGACCAGCUAUGGAACUUCGUCACCGGCAGAAUCGAGCGGUGCUACAACAACGAGAACUUCGUGGGAAUCGAGACUACACUAGGGUGGACUUGCCACUUACGCAAUCCACAAGAUGUGGAUUGCGUUACGUCGAGUCUUAUGACUUGCGUGCAAAGAACCGAUGCUGCCUGUGAUUGCAAAAACUCCAGAUCGCUACGCCAAAUGUGUCAACUUGACGGCAUCAGCAUAAAAGAUGAAACCACCGUUCAAGAUGACGACAGAGUGCUCCAACAGUUCUUCAGCACGGUAUCGAAAGAAAACGGCAGGUAUACUGUUGCGCUCCCAUGGAAAACGUCUGCGUCCGACUUACCUGACAACCGUGACAUUGCUGAACGUCGACUGAGGAGCUUAGUAAAACGACUGCACAAAGAGAAAAAACUUGAAGAAUACGACCGUGCUAUUCAAAAAUACAUGAGCGACGGUAUUGCUGAACAAGUAAGAGGGAAAAAAACGAGUGACCGGUUGUACUACAUGCCUCACCGUGCCGUAGUUCGGGAGGGAUCAACAUCAACAAGAGUGAGAGUUGUUUUUGAUGCGUCUUCCCAUGCAGCAGGGUGCUGUUCGUUAAAUGACUGUCUCGAAACCGGACCGAAGAUAAACUGUGACCUUUUAUCGACGCUACUGCGCUUCCGCCUGAACAACGUGGCCUUAGUUGCCGACAUUGAAAAGGCCUUUCUGCAAGUCGCCGUUAGAGGUGAAGACAGAGACGCUCUAAGGUUCCUUUGGUUUGAGCAGCCACCCACCUCAAGCGAUUGUCUACUUCCUAUUUGCGAAUGGAGGAUGACACGGGUGCCCUUUGGGACAUCGGCAAGUUCCUUUCUGCUAGGAGCUACGAUGCUUCAUCACCUCAGGAAUGUCUCCGGACCUGAGCAAGAAGUUGCGAAAAUGAUGGCAGACUCUUUCUACGUUGAUGACCUGCUCACCGGCACCGAUACAGCAGAAGAGGCAAAAUGCAUCAUAAAGACCGCAACUGCCAUAAUGCGUGACGCUUGCAUGCCGUUAAAGAAAUGGGCAUCAAACUGUAGUGAAAUUCAAGAUCACAUCGAUAGCACGAAGUCGGGAGUUUCUCAACAUGAACUGAUUCGAGAUACCGAAGGUGACGAGACAGCUAGAGUACUCGGACUAACUUGGGACACCAGACUGGAUACACUGAAUUUCAAUGGACCGAACAUCCUCGAAGCACUCAGUCAAGUAGGCGACAGCAAACGCUCGGUGCUUCAGACAGUCGCGAAGAUCUUCGAUCCACUCGGACUGGCCGCACCGUUCGCUAUCAAGGCCAAAAUGGUAUUUCAACAACUUUGGCAGCAAGGUGUGGAGUGGGACCAGCCAAUACCGGACAGAGUCAAGGGUGACUGGGACUCCUGGAAAGCAGAACUGGCGGAUCUACUUAAUGUAUCUGUUCCACGGAACCUGAAGAGAGGUGUAGAGACGAUUACGUCAACACAACUCCAUCUUUUUAGCGAUGCGAGUCCACUAGCGCUGGAGCUCAUGGGAGCUCUCAUUGCUGCCAGAACCGCAAAAUUUGUCAAACACGCGCUACGUAUGCCGUCUGUUCCGACAUAUUUCUGGGCGGACUCCAGCAUUGCACUCACUUGGAUAAAAGGACGAGCUGCAAGAUGGAAGGUUUUUGUGUGCAACCGCGUAACAGAGAUUCAGGCAACGUCGACAGCGGAUCAAUGGCGGUACUGCCCAGGAAAACAAAACCCCGCGGACUGUUUGACGCGGGGCAUGACAAUUAACGCAUUGUUAAGGAGCUCGCACUGGUGGGAAGGUCCCAACUGGCUCAAGGACGGAGAGUCUCAGUGGCCAAAAUUUGAUGCUCCGUCCCGGACGGAAGAAUCGAACAUGGAAGCCUGCAGUAACUCUUCGCAGGUGAUGCACGUGACUCUCGAAAAAGUAGAGCCCCUAAUGGAUAUCCAGGACUUUAGCAGCCACGUGAAACUACUACGAGUUACCGCUUGGGCUAGGCGGUUUAUUGACAGAUGCAAGAAGGCAGCCCAAUCGCCCGCACCGUGGAUUACCACCGAGGAAAUCAAUGCAGCCGAUGAGUUUUGGAUAAAGGUUGCUCAACAAGAGAGCUUCCCUCACGAGGUGCAGGAGCUGAAACGUGGCUGCGCCAUUCCGAAGGCUUCCAAGAUGGCAAGUUGCAACCCUACUUGGACAAGUAUGGGGUCAUGA